AUGGGCUACAUUAUCACCGAUCCUACUGUUCUCACGGCUACGGUGGCCGUGGUAUCAUUGGCCUAUUUCCUGCUGCGAGGUGGCCAUGAUCCUCGUGAGCCCCCUUUAGCUCCGAAAUCAAUUCCCAUCAUCGGACAUGUAGUCGGACUCUCACGCAGAGGCUUCAAUUACUAUGUUGACCUCAGCGAGCGAACGGACGCGCCCAUCUUCACCAUGUCCCUCCCGGGGCAGAAGAUGUAUGUGGUGACGAAGCCAGAGCUCGUACAAGUUAUCCAAAAACAACACAAGACAUUGGCCUUCCCUCCAAUUGAGGCAAAGUUUGCCGCCACAGUGUGCGGCGCUAGCUCCGACGCUCGGGCUAUACUGGCCAAGAAUGUGAACGGGGAUGAGGGCGACUUCGGUCUUUCCAUGGAUUCUUAUGCCGCAAUGCGUGCUGCGCUCAAGCCUGGUCCAGAACUCGACGAUAUGAAUAGGUCAAUGCUUCUCGAAAUCGUCAAUGCGCUUGAUGAACUUGAACCAGCAAAGGGCAAGUCUCGAAAACUGGAGAUGUACAGUUGGUUGAGAGGGGCCAUCACCUUGGCCACAACUCGGUCUGUAUACGGGCCGCUGAAUCCUUACAAUGAUAAAGCCAUUACGGAUGCUUUCUGGGAGUUUGAGAGCGGCCUCAUGUCGAUCCUGGUAGGGGUUCUUCCAUCCAUCACCGCUCGAAAGGCAAUUGCAGCGCGAACCAAAGUUUCCAAAGCAUUUGAAGAAUAUUACAACAAGGGAGGCGUAGAAAUGGGGUCUGCGUAUGCCAAGAAUCGUUACCAAUCCGAGGCUGACAAUGGUCUUUCCUUGGAAGAUAUUGCUCGGUUCGAAGUCGGAGGCUCAAUCGCGGUGCUGGUGAACACUACACCGGCAGCUUUCUGGACCAUUAUCCUCCUGUACUCACAGCCAGAUCUCCUCAUUGACGUCCGAAAAGAAGUUGACGCAUGCACUGAGACCACAACAGAUGAGAUGGGCUCCAUCACUAAAGCACUUAACAUAACUACGCUCAAAGAAGCCUGUCCGCUUCUUCUUUCAGCCUAUCAGGAGGUUCUCAGGUAUUGCUCAAUGGGCACAUCAGUGCGCGAAGUCAUGGAAGAUACAUACCUGGGAUCUUUCCUUUUGAAGAAAGGUGCCAUGGUACAAAUGCCCAGCCGUGUUAUUCACCAGGACGCCAGCCUAUGGGGUGCCAGUGUCAAGGAUUUCAAUCCUCGCAGAUUUCUGCGUGAAGAGAAGAAGAACCGGCCUGGCGAUGUGUGCUUCCGCGCUUUCGGAGGGGGCAAAACAUUAUGUCCUGGGCGACAUUUUGCGACCAAUGAAAUUCUCGCCGUUGUUGCCGUCUUUAUCUCAAGACUGGAUAUUACGCCUGCUAAUGGGAGCUGGAAUCUCCCAACUACGGACAACACGAAUAUUGCGGCAACCGUGAUGGAACCGGACAAUGAUAUUGAGAUCCAGGUUAAAGCACGCCAAGGGUACGAAGGUGUCAAGUGGGUUGUUAGCCUCCAUCAUUCGGAGAAGAUAUUCGCUCUGGUUACGGAGGAUAAUAUGGAAGAAGAAUGA